UGUUACUCUAGUGUAGUGUAGGCCGUAGCGCGUUUCUUACUGUUGUUUGUCUGAUAGGUAAAAACGUACUGAUGCUCUUUGGUAUGUUAUCGGAAAUCACAAAUUAGAAGAUGGCGGUGCAGCAUUAAAACCUGCCGGAUAAUUAUUACAGUAAUUACAGAAACCGAUCGUAGAAAUCCAUAUUUACCUUGUUACAAACGAUAUUGAUAUAAAAUCAAGAAAGUCGAAAUGAACACAAAUAACAUGGUUAAACUCAAACGAUUUUGCUGUGAUGAUGAGACUGGAGAAGUUAUCACAUACCAAAUCAAUGAGGAAACAGGAGAGCCAUCAAUGCUGAACAAAAUACCUUCUAUAUUUUCUAUAAAACAUACGAAAAAUAAUCGUAAGUUUUUUAAAUUCCCAAAUGGAUAUAUGAGUAAAACUAAGAAAUUUCAAGCUCUUAAAGAAAAAAUCUUAGCUGGAGCAAAUACAACAAGCCCUAGAUUGUUCCUUAUUAUACCUACUCUUAUGAUAUUUUCUAGCCUUGUUUGUGUCAUUUUAAUGUUGCUUGAAAUAUUGUUACACGUAAGGUGCCACAAGAAAAAUAAAAAUUUAAAGGAUGCCAAUUUAUAUUACCGAAGUCCUUUUCAUGUUAUAACUAGUACAUUUUGUGGCCUGUGCCGUGAUAGUGAUAUGGCAUCUAAAAUAGGGCAGAUACAGGCCAAAAGAAGAUACAGAUAUGAUUAUCUCAGGGGAAUAGCAAUUUAGUCUAUUUCAUUUUUAUAUAUAAAAUAUGUAAAAUUAUUUGAAUAUUCAUUGUUAAUUAUUUAUUUUAAGUAUUGUAAGUUUUGUUACUAGUUUUUAAAAAUGGUUGAUAAGUUGUAUAAUGGUAAGGGGUCUUCAUUUGAUAGAAAAAUUAUUCUAUCAUUAUUUAAUAAAAAUUGGUCAUCGGAUAAUUGUUUAUCGUUACAUAUUUAAUGAGGCUACAUACAACAUUUAGUACUUCUGAAGUAAGAUUUAUGAGUUGAAGAUUAAGAUUCUGUAUGAAACAACUUUAUCACUUUUAAGUAAAACAUAGAAUACUUGUUAGUUAAUAUUGUAUUUGCUUGUGAAUAAUGGCAAAAAAACUGCAAUGUAAUAUUUAUCUUACAUAAUAUCAUUAAUGUAAAAAAAUAUAAACCAUAGGAGGAAACAGAAAUAGUUGUGUAAGAUUAUUGCCUAAGGAAAAACCCUUAGUCACAUUAUUUCCCUAAACUCAUUGAAAUGUAUGACAAACUUUGAUUUGUAACAAAUGAUCUUCAAUUAUUGUUGUUGUUAAAUUAUGUUAACAUACUCAAACUUAGUGAUUACUUCAAUAUGUACUAAACAAAAAAUGAUAAUAAAUGUACUUAAAACUUAUCUAUUAUUUAAAUUAUAUUUGUGGAUUAUGUAUAGCAGGAAGUAACUUUUCCUUAGUUGGUUUUUGCUAAACUACUUAGGUUGUAAAAAUCAUUUAUAAGGUUAACUUUAAGAUGUACACUGCUGUUUUGCAAUCACCAAGGGUGCCUUUUGUGAGACAUAGUUAUUUUGUUCAUGUUACAUUACAAAAUAAUUAUAUUUAUUGAAACUCAAUACAUACUAAGAACCAUAUUAGCUUACUUCUGUAGAAGUUUUUCUUUUUAGAGGUGAACUUUUUUUGUAAUCAUAAUAUAUUUGAAUUGAUACCAAUAGUAUAUUAAUACUUAUCAUAUUAAGUUUCUUUAGAAAUAAUAUUAUCUUUAAAUUACAUUGUCUAUAGUAUACCAACUUGUAUAAAAUAUAUGUUAAAUAAAUAACUGUAUACAUAUGUCAAUAUUUUAAAUAUCCCUUAUAAUAUAAAUAAAAAUUAUAAAUAGUUCUUUGAGUCAAUCCACUAUGCAUAUAGGAAUGGGGGGUAAUUUUAAUGGUGGCUGUAUUUCUUGAUGUAUGUACAUUCUAAAAUAAACUAUCCCUUAUA